AUGAAUCGACCUGGCGAUUUGCGUGCGAGCCGUACGCCCUGGCCCGACUCACCUCAGAAGUCGUAUGUAAACGUUGCCGGAACAGAGUAUGGCGUUCGGAGAUCGAAGCCACCAGGGAAGAGGGCUCGAGGAAGGCAGAAGCACUACGUGCUAGACAGAGAAAAAGACAACCAUGCCGCUGUCCGCGAGACUUUAGGAAAGGUGACGCGAUCGAAGCUGUAG